GCCCACCGACACCGUGGAAGUUGGCAGCGCCAUCUAGCGUUGGCGCUUCAGUCUCUUUCGUUAUAACCAAAGUGGCCGCCACUGUCUCCCCCUCUCCCUCUUCGAUAUAACCGAAGUGCCUCAGCUUUUCUCUACAUUAAUAACAGAUUUCUUUGCAGAAGAUAGAGAGACAGGGAGCUUAGCUUCUUUGGUUGUGAGUUCCACAUUUCCUGUUCUCGUGGUAAAUUGGUUGCAGCUUUUUUCGUUCGUUUUGGAUUCUGUAGUGGGUUUCUUGAGAACAUUUGGGUUGCUGCAGCCUGCAUUGUUGGUCUGUUGAGUGAGAAGCAGAGGUCAAGAGGCUUCAUAUAGCAAUGGCUCAACUCAUUUCGUCGGGGUCUAUCCACAAACCUACUUUCUUCCCCUGCAGCGGGAGUAGUCCUCCCUCUCUCAGAUCUUCCCUCACCGGCAACGUAGCGGAGAGAUUCCUUGUUCCGGCUAACGUGCAGGGAAAGCGGUCGCGGAGCUCCGUCGUGACGUCGGUCCUGCGUACAAAGCAAUCAGGGCCUGAGAUUCUUCCCAGCUUCCCUGUCGAGGACAUUGGCAAAUUUGACCGCCUUAUAGGUUCUGAAGGGCUUGCAGACACAUCGGCUGGCUUGUGUUCCAUACAAAAUGCUACACGGAAGACAAAAAUUGUAUGCACAAUUGGCCCCUCAACAAACACACGUGAAAUGAUAUGGAAGAUGGCUGAGGCUGGAAUGAAUGUUGCUCGAUUAAAUAUGUCUCAUGGGGAUCAUGCAUCCCACCAGAAGGUUAUUGACUUAGUGAAAGAGUACAAUUCACAAACAAAAGACAACGUCAUUGCAAUCAUGCUUGAUACCAAGGGUCCAGAAGUGCGAAGCGGUGACCUGCCUCAGCCAAUCACACUAUCAGCUGGCGAGGAAUUUACUUUUACCAUCAAAACUGGGGUUGGCUCAGAGGACUGUGUCAGUGUGAAUUAUGAUGAUUUUGUCAAUGAUGUGGAAGUGGGAGAUAUGCUUCUUGUUGAUGGGGGUAUGAUGUCCUUAUUGGUGAAGUCAAAGACAGAGGACUCAGUAAAGUGUGAAGUCAUUGAUGGAGGAGAGCUGAAGUCCAGGCGCCAUCUAAAUGUCCGAGGGAAGAGUGCAACACUUCCUUCUAUUACUGAAAAGGAUUGGGAAGAUAUCAAAUUUGGGGUGGAAAAUCAGGUCGACUUUUAUGCUGUUUCAUUUGUUAAGGAUGCAGAAGUAGUCCAUGAGUUGAAAGAUUAUCUCAGAAGAAAUUCUGCUGAUAUACAUGUGAUUGUAAAGAUUGAAAGUGCAGAUUCUAUACCCAAUUUACAUUCUAUCAUCUCUGCAUCGGAUGGGGCAAUGGUUGCUAGGGGAGACCUUGGAGCUGAGCUGCCCAUUGAGGAAGUUCCCAUACUUCAGGAAGAGAUAAUUAGGAUCUGCCGCAGCAUGGGAAAAGCUGUCAUAGUUGCUACUAAUAUGUUGGAGAGCAUGAUUGUCCAUCCCACCCCAACCAGGGCAGAGGUAUCUGACAUUGCCAUUGCAGUUCGUGAGGGUUCUGAUGCUAUCAUGCUGUCAGGGGAAACUGCUCAUGGGAAGUUUCCAUUGAAGGCUGUGAGAGUACAACAUACAGUUGCUUUGAGAACCGAAGCAACUAUCGUGGCUGGAGAAACACCAGCUAAUCUUGGUCAGGCUUUCAAGAAUCAUAUGAGUGAAAUGUUUGCCUUCCAUGCAACUAUGAUGUCCAAUACACUUGGCACUCCAAUUGUGGUUUUCACAAGGACUGGAUAUAUGGCAAUUCUUCUGAGUCAUUAUCGUCCUUCUGGAACUAUCUUUGCUUUCACUGAUGAAGAGAGAGUGAGGCAGAGAUUAGCUUUAUAUCAAGGUGUAUGCCCAAUAUGCAUGGAAUUCUUGGACGAUGCUGAAGAGACUUUCAAAGCUGCGUUGUCUUUUCUUAAGAGCCACGGAAUGGUACAAGAAGGAGAACAGAUUGCUCUACUUCAGAGUGGCCGCCAGCCAAUCUGGCGGUCUCAUACAACACACAAUAUUCAGGUGAGGAAAGUUAAGGCAUAGACAGCCGGCGGACUGAGGGUAGCAGCAUAGACUAACUGGCUGUCGAGUCACACACACACAGCAUAGUUACCAGCAAAAGUGAAGGACAUCACCGUAGCUUUUAGCUAAUGUAUUUUUUCCUUUUAUUCCUUUUGCCUUGUGAAGUAUGUAAUAGUGGUGCUUCUUCUUGGACUUUGACAGUUACCAGGGAAGACAGAACCUGGCAUUUUUUCCCGAAAUCGUGCUUCUCCUUUCUUA